AUGGAUGAGGCAAAAAUGGAACCAUAUGCUCAGUUAGUGUCAUUAACGGAUGUAGACAGUCCUGCGAUUGUUGUCAGCAAAAGUCCAUUCGUCAUUGGCAGACAUUCAGAUUGUGAUAUACCGCUAGUUGGUAAUAAGUAUGUUUCCAGACUUCAUUGUUCUAUUAAGAAAGAUGAAAAAGGUAUAAUAUUAGAGGAUGGAAGUUCCAAUGGUACUUUGUUAAAUAAGGAAGUGAAGUUAUCAAGUUAUGAAAGAGCAGCUGAAUACUUGAAACAUGGUGAUGAAUUUUACGUUGUGUAUAAAAAGUAUGAUCCAUCAUUAAAUGUGGGUUUCGUCUAUCAAGAGCUGAAACAAUUAAAAAAGGAAGAAGAAGAAUCAGAAGAAGAAUCUGAUGUCAAUGUUGGAGAUUCAACCUUAGUUGAUGAUGACUUGAAUGUGGUUCCUUCCCCUGAUCCUAAGCUGAAACGUCUCAAGUCUGUGGAAGGUGAAGAACCACCAUCUAAGAGAACUAAAACAUCUUGUGAGACUAAAGAAGAUCAGAAGGGAAAAUCUGAAUCUAAAGAUGAUGCUCUAGCUGAAUCAUUACAAUGUAUGAUUUGUCAGGAGAUACUGCAUGACUGUAUCAGGUAUAUAGCAAAUAGAAUAAAUUAUGCAACAUUCCUCUUUCUUGAUCCAUAUCAGAACUAUUUAGAAAGUAAAAAUAUAACUAUUAAAGAACUAUUAAAGAUUUGUUUAGAGAAGAAAGAAAGUGGGGUUUAUAAUGGAAGAGCUACCUAUGCUGAAGUGAACCUGAAUUCAAACUCUGUACUAUGCUAUGCAUGUGGUUUAAGAAAUUUUAAAGAAUUAGUGUACCAGUAUCGCUGUGACAUUCCUGAAGAGGAUUUACCAGAUGAAGUUAAUAAAAAACCUAAUUGUUAUUGGGGUAAAAACUGUAGAACACAAAAAAAUAAACCACAGCAUGCAACACGUUUUAACCACAUUUGUGAACAAACCAGAACUACUUAA